UUCGGCAAGACGCUCUGCGACCCCGCUGACUGGAACGCGCGGCGUCAGGAGUUCCUCGCGUUCACGCCGGCCAAGCUCCACCCGAGCCCCGGACCCCGCGGCGAGCAUUCUUACAGCAAGAACAUCACGAUCGGGAAGCGCGGCCACGACUGCAGGGUCUUGCUCGAGGACAAAGCGUUCAGGAUCGUGAAACCCAAGCACGUCAAGGCGCCCCAGAUCAAGUGGGGCGAGAACCCAGAGGCGAGCUGGAUGGCCAUCCAGACGCAGUUGCUCGACCAUUUCAUUGAGCACAAGAUGGGGCUCCCUGCCCCCAAAUAG